AUGCUCGAGCUCCGCAAGGGCUCCAAGGAUCUUUUCGAGGCACUCGAGCUAUUGAGGACUGCGCCUGAGGAGAACGUCGCUGCGAUGCUGCUGAACUUGCGCGGCAGAGGCUCCGUAUCCGACUUUUUGCAAUCUAUCGAUUCAGCGGGGACCCUGGCUAGCUCUGCAAUGGAGAUAGACCUCAACAUGCGCUACCCAAACGCGUUCCCGACCCUAGAAGCCCUUGCAAUCACGGAUGUAGACAUCGGGCUCUUGGCAGAUGACAAGCGCAGUCCAAGGCUACCAACCUCUUCAGAGGCGACCUCAAUAUCUCCCUUUUCUCCUCUUGACUUUUCCGGACGACAACCCGCGACACCGACGACUUCUGAAUCCUUCUCUACACCCAGUGACACCACCGGGGAUUCAUCCCAGCAGUCAUACAUCGACCAUAGACUAGAAGGUCUUCAAAUAUGGCAAUGGACUUCUGUUCCUAUCCCUGAAACCCUAGCAGAGCAAACGAUUUCUUUCUAUCUCUCUAACGAGCAUCCUUUGCUUGCAUUCUUCGACGCCAAUCUAUUUAUCAAAGACUUUGUAGCGGGUGGGGGACGGUUCUGCUCACCCGUCCUCGUUAGUGCGUUGCUUGCUUGGUCCUGCGCCUCUUAUUCACAGUUCGAACCAAGGGCGCAACCCUUGUCGUUUGCGUUUCUCAAGGAGGCAAAGAAGCGUUGGCGGGAUUUGCCGGACUACAAUUGUGUCACUACUCUUACCUCUGCCAUGUUCUUGACCUUGACAUGCAACCAACAUGGACAAGAUCGAGUUGGGUUGUUUUAUCUAGAUGCAAGUGCAGAGAUUGGUCGUCGGCUUGGUCUAUUUGGUGCCGAUGAUGCAAAGAUCCUUGGUGUUGACGAUGAUGACGAGUUGAGAUCAGCGGCUUCGUAUGCUGCCUGGGGGUCGUUUGGAUGGCACAGUCUACACUCAGUCAACUUCCGAACAAAACAUCGGAUACUCCAUCCACCAUCUUUACCGAUACCAGGAGACGUAUCCGGACCGCCCCUUUUUGAUCACAUGGGAGGCACGUUCACAUGGAUAUGCAAAUUCUGGUUGGUAACACACACGAUAUUCGGAGAAGGCUUCAACAACUUCAGUCGCAUGCCCAUGUCCCACGCACAUCAAAUGUACCAGUUGUUGCUUGAUUGGGCUGUUGCUUUGCCAGAUGAGGUCAAGAGAACUGACACAUGCCCGCACCAUGUCUUAGUGUUGCAUGUCUGGUACCAUACCUCAAUUAUAGAUAUUUGGCGACCCUUCCUAGAGAGGCACCAAGAGGAAGACGCGGCACAGAGUUCAACUGCCAUUGCUGCGCAUGCGGCAUCGGUGCAGCAGCUGAAACGCAUCAUUUACACGUACCGCACACGAUUUGAGUUAACAAACGCAACUAUGGUUAUGACACCCGGCUUUCUCACUUUGAUCAAUGAGAUUUACCGCAACCCUGAAGCACCAGAUGCGCAGUUCUGGUUCAUUCUCGCGUCUCGUGGUUGUCUCUCUAUUGCAUCAUGGUGCAAAGGCCUGCGCGGCAUCACAGAAGGUCUCAUGACAAUUGGUUGGCAGAAUGGAACUUUUAGACGUCAGGGUUGGGCAGGAAACAGCAUGAUCGAAGAUAUUCGCACUGCGACAAGGGCGUUAGUGCAAGACGGCGCUUACAGCAGUCUGUAUCCCAUCAGCUUGGAUUCAGUAAGCGAGGACAUGAAUGACAUCGGGAUGGAAGCUUUGGCAGGAGAGUUCCAGCGGUUGACAGCACAGAAUGAACCGCGCGGGCAGGAGGUUGAGAUGUCAAUCGAGCAGCCUGUCUGGAAGGGGGAUCCUCGAGACUUGUCGAUGACGUUGAGCGAAGCAACUGAGGAAGAAGAGUACACGUAA